AGCUCCACAUCCCCUCCCUAAUGCACCAUGUCGGCCCUGAAGAGAGCAACCUCCAGGAAGGCGGAAGAGAAAAUCAGCGGCGGCCCAGUAAAGGAGUUAGGCCGCCUGAGUAUGAGAAAGAACAAGUCCAGGCAUGCAGCGUGGUGGAAGUGGUUAAUAAUUCUGACAUCUACCACGUUUACUGCUUUUUGUGUAGUCUUGCUUUGGGAUUAUCUACACAAGGACGAUUUUAAAGAGGUGCUUGCACGCCAGGCUGAUGUUUUGGAUGGAAUAUUUUUUGAGAUACCAUGCUCCAAAGAUUAUGAAAAUUAUAAGCGAUUUCCAGGCUGUACUCCAACAAAAUGUGGGAGGGCGGUGAAGGAUACAGUAGUAAAUCGAGAAGAGGCAGAAAAGAUGUUACGUAUAGCAAAGAAAGGGCUGUCCUUUGGAGGAUCAGAUGGUGGGGCCUCCAUUCUAGAUUUGCACUCUGGAGCACUAUCAAUGGGGAAACAGUUUGUUAAUAUUUAUAGGUACUUUGGAGAGCAAAUAAAGGAUAUAUUUGAUAAAGAAGACUUCGCACUAUACAGUGAUGUGCGAGGGCGUAUUCAGCAAGUAAUAGCUGAAUCAUUCGGGAUUGACUCGACUCGUCUGCAUCUCACAAAGCCCACCUUUUUCUCAAGGAUGAACAAUACUGAAGCCAAGACAAUGCAUGAUGAGUAUUGGCAUCCUCACAUUGAUAAGGUGACAUAUGGAUCAUUUGACUACACUUCACUGCUGUACCUUUCUGACUACAGGACUGACUUUGGUGGUGGGCGGUUUGUGUUCGUUGAUGAACUUGCCAACAGAACUGUGGAGCCUCGGAUAGGUCGUGUUUCUUUCUUCACAUCCGGCUCAGAAAAUCUUCAUUACGUGGAAAAGGUAGAGUGGGGCACAAGAUAUGCCAUCACAGUCUCAUUCAGCUGUGACCCUGCCCAUGCCAUUGAAGAUCCUUCUUUAUCAUAGACUUGUUGGGGCCUUGAAGAACAGCUCCUAGAAAUAAACUGCUAAAAAUGAAAAAAAAAAUGCAAAUCAGUUGUAUACUCAAAAACAUUGAUUUUUAAGUUAGAUUGAAAGUCAAAUGUGGAGGGAAUACUACAGUAUUGAAAAUUGGCUUGGGUCCACUCUCUCAGAGCUUUAACUGUAUUCCUAAAAUAGUUUCUAUUUAAAGGUAUUAUUUUUAUGUUAUGAUCCUGAGUCACACUGUCAAAUUAUGUAAUUAUGAUUUGACUGCAAAACAUGGCGUUUAACACUGCUGUUCAAUUGGUAUUCUUGAGUUUAUUGAAAGUGUUAACUAGCUGAGUAUUGAAACAACUGUUAACUAGUUGUCUACUGCUGUUGGAAUCAUAGUUUAGAGUUCCGUUAGACUAUUUUUAGUCUUUAAUCAGAGCACCAGGUAUUUGCCUUUUCAUAUUAAGUGUGAUCACCUUUCAAAUGUUCAUUCAUUAAAAAUGACAUCAGGUUGUCUCUCCAAAUCUAUUGUGCAGCCUUCAGGUCAGGAUCGGCUCCUGCAACAAGUGCCAUGACUGACCUUUAUCAGUGUUUGUGCCAGCGUGGAUUUGCUGAAUGAAUCUGACAGAAUAAUUAGUGAGUGUUUAAUGUUUGAUGGUCUACUUAACUGAUUCAAGAUUUCCUAUACUAAACAAACCUGGGUAAGAUAAAUCUUUUCAAAAGUUCUGUCAACAGCCUGAACAAAUUGUAUUUAUUGAAAAGCAUUUAACUCUUCAUUUACCACAUAACAAUAAAUAAGUAGUGACACAGUUGUCACCCUUCA